AUGAAGUAUUCUAUGCUCUCUGCUGUGGCCGUUCUCGCGGCAACCUCGCUUGGUUUCCCAGAAUUCUACUGGGGGGACCAACGAUCAGGCCCUGGCCACGUUCUUAUUACGAAUAAUAUGAAUAGGGCCGUCCGUUUGGAUAAAGUAACGGGAAAAUCACUCGAGUAUUUAGUAAAACUAUUUCGCGACGAAGAGACUAUUAUUCACUCCCAUCAAACAGUCUCAAUUCAAGCAUCUGACCAAUCCGCGGACCUGAAACUCCGAGAGCUAGGAGCAAAUCACAACCAGGUGGAACUGAGCUAUGCUGGUGGGGACCAAAACACGUAUAAUUACGCCAUCAAGCCGAUCGAAGGCGACGAGUUUCCCGGAGCUGUCCUCGUUUUUCCUACUGCACAUGAUCCCCCUCGAUGCCAUGCCGAAAGGUGGUACCCUGGACAAGGAGAUACGCCGCAAGUUACGUGCCGAGACCACGUCGCACUCCGGGUUUACCUGCAGGAAGUGCAUCAUCCACCACCGUUCGAAGCUGAAUAUGAUGAUGAUGGGUGGUAUUAA